GAUCAUUAUACUAGGGCCAAAGCUAUGGUACGCCCACCGGCCGCCCGAUGAUGAGCAGAGCCGGUCGCGGGCUUAUUCCCAGUCUGACGUGCAGGACAGUGCAUCGUCGGAGACCAUGAAACUCAACGUGGGCAUUUCUUCCAACGGGGACGUGGAGGUGGGUGAGAUCAGUCUCACAGAGAUGGAUCCAGAGGACAUACGGGCGGAGCUCAAGCGCCUGUACACUCAACUACAGAUCUAUAAAACCAAGACAAUGCGCAAGGACAACCCGCACAUUUCCAAGCGCCGGGGCGGACGCAAGCAGACUCACCGCCGCUUCUCUCUGCAGGCUUUUCACCACAAGCACCGCCAUCACCACGACCAUGAUCACGAGCACGAGAUGUCCAAGACUCCGGAAGAGUCCACGAAUUCAGCAGAAGGCAUGGCCUUCACGAUAGAACCCAGUGUCAAGGAGGAACCCCACGAGGGCCGCACCGCACCGUCGGUCAGUUUUAAAUCUGGACACAAGUAGCAGUUGAAAGCCAUUUGCGUGAGCAUUUUGUUUUCUGACAACGGCUUGGAAUCAAAUGUUUUGUGUUCUUCUGUUAAGCAAAGGACUAGCAGGAUACUUGGAUUCUGGAUUUGAGGCUGACCUUUGACAUAUCGGGAUACAAGCUGUUGAGCUGGACAGCUCUUUUCAUGCUGUGUUGUGUAAUGAAUGUGAGAGGGAGUUUUGGAGGAUAUACACUUUUGAGUUCUACGACUCGUCUGCUACGCUCGGCUGUGUACGUAAUACUUCUGGAGACUGAGCAAUGAAAUAUCUAUGUUUGAGUUUAUCAGCUCAUCAACUAUUGGCUGUGUUGUGUGAAACUUUGAAAUCUGGGAAUACCUUAAGGUAUUCGUAUUACAUCUAAGAACUUCAGCUACACUUGGGAGUGUGUAUAAGGUCUGACCGUAGAAAUACUGAGCUCUGUGAGUCCCAGUUUUAACAUCUUAGCUCUGAUGUGCUUGCAAAGUUGUCUAGGCUAGGUGUUGGGUGAUAAAGGGUUCUAUGUAGCAAUUGAUCUCUUUGAGGUGUUUUGUACACUCCAAAUGUGUUUGGCUGUUGCAACUUUAAUGGUUUACGGGAGGUGAGGAUUGGUUCAGAUUCAUGCAAGACAUUUUCAGGAAUAUUGAAUCUCUCUGAUAGCACAAGAUAAUUCAUUUUUAUAACUUACCCUUAGCUGUCUAUCUAUAUUUCUCCCUUGGAUUAAUAUGAUGGACUGAUGGGGGUUUGGAACGAUGUUCAAAGGAGUCGCGGGUAAUUUUGAACACCUGUUGCCAGUGUGGCUUCACCCCUCCCACAAGCAAUGUAACGCUUGGGUAGUGGUCCUGAGUACUGAAGAAACUAUUCAUUAAUGUUAUUGCUGCCAUGUACUGACAGUAUUUGAGAAACAACAUUUCUGUAUCCCCCGCCUUAGCUUAAUUUGGUUCCUCUGAAGAAUGACAAUGUAUAGUCUGUCUCCUUGUGUACCCUUUGCAGAAACCGAAUCUUUUUAAGAUUGAUAAUAAUGAAUAAAACAGUCAAGAAAACAAUCUUUCCUAAACAUAGUCUCAAAUUACAAUAUACUCCAGCUGGUUAGUGUGAGAGAUUUAAUCAGUCUGAUCUCAAAUUCUAGGAAAUGUAUGUGCAUGAUUUUGAUUUAAUAUUCAGUUGCUCAGCUCAGAGUGUUAAACAAAGGGCAAAAGUUUAAAGAGAGGGCUCCCUGCGAAAUCAACAGAUGCUGAUUCCUCCAGGCAAAGCAUCAGGACCUGCAAUGGUGCUGUGGAUCAUGUGACAGCUGGUACUCCCUGGACAAAAUGUUUUUACUCCCUGUUCGGAUGGAAGAAUGAGGGAGGGCCAUUUGAAAACUUCCAUAUUGCUGAAGGAAAACUGACAAUGUCAAUAAUAGACUUACAGUUUUCUUUUUUCUUGGUGUAUCUUGAAAAUCUGUGUGCAGAGGUUUUCAUUACUUAAUUUUAAUGGAUGGAUAAUUUGUAAGUUUUUGGUAAGUUUUGAAUCUUUGACUUUGGAGAAAUACUUUCUGUUUAAUUUCAUGGUUUAGUGUAAAGAUAUUGGCUGAAACGUGGAAUGGGGCACUGUCCAAUUCUCUGCACUUCCUCGCAGCAGGAAAAUGCUUCAGCUCUCCCAUUAUUACCUUGCUUUAGAUAACGUUUCUCUUUUAUUUGAUUCUCUUUCACUCAUGAAGUUCUCAUGUUCUAUUACUCUUUCUCCACUCUAGAUGGGCUACAUAUUUUUGUAAUUUACUGUUUCCACUAUUUGUAGGGUUUAUUAUGCAUGUCACAAUUUUAUUCCUCUGUCAUUUCAAUGUUGUGCUUUAAAUACUGGAUUCUUAAACUGCUAUCUAAACUUGUCAGGACACACCACUAGCUCAGCUGGUAUCACAAUGAGUUAUGGUACAGACAAUGGGUUAUGGUACAGACAAUGAGUUAGGCUACAGACAAUGGGUUAUGGUACAGACAAUGCUACAGACAAUGGGUUAUGGUACAGACAAUGGGUUAUGGUACAGACUAUGGGUUAUGGUACAGACAAUGGGUUAUGGUACAGACAAUGGGUUAUGCUACAGACAAUGGGUUAUGCUACAGGCAAGCCUGAUUCAAAAACCCAAAUGGGACGUUCUUAAACUUGAGUUGUUCUCGGUGCUUUUAUAAGGCUCUCCCCCUACUUGGGUCCUAUGGGCAUUUGGAGGUCAUAGAAUAUGUCUUGAAUAAGAGCGAAAUGUUGGAAUUGGUUAUAAAUAAAUCCAUACCACACCAUGACUGUGAUAGAACCUUUUGAAGUAAUUCAUCUGUACACUCUAAAAGUGAUUUGAGAGUUACCUAAAGAAAAAACCCCAAGGAAGUUGUAGAAGAACAUCCUGGUUCAUGUCAAAACAAAACAGCCUGUAAGUUUUCUAUUCUCAAUUGUAAUCUUUCUUAAUAUUUUUUU